UUGAGGAACAAACUAUAGACACAACUUUGUCAUAUUCCUUAAAACAAUAAUGGCAUCUUCAAACACAUAUUCUGGAAUACGAGCAAUGCUCGUGAUAAUUGUGUGCCUUGUAGUUGUAAAUCUUUCACUCGGAGAACAAAGAUUUUGUGGUAAUAAACUACGAAAUGUCAUCGAACUGAUGUGUCCAAAUGGUGUCAAUGGGUAUAAGGAAAAAAGAAGCUUACUUCCAAUGGAUGAGGAACUAAGCACUGAAACCACUGAAGAAGAUUUCAAUUUUGGCUUGAGUCUGGAUAUGUUACCAUUGAUGGAUAACAGUGACAGUGGGAUUGCCAAAAUUCGACGUAGGAGACACGGAAUUGCACAUGAAUGCUGUGACAAGCCUUGCAGUAUAAAAGAAAUUGUUUCCUAUUGUCGAAAUUAAGUUUUUAUUCAAAAUUUAUGAAUGGUGCAACUUUGGAUACCUGACUUUGUUAAGAUUACCACAUAUUCUAGGAAACACAUUUUGAGAUAGGAUAAAUACAAUAAGUCAUAGUAAUAACUAAACAAUGUUAAUAAUUAUUUCUUUUGUUUUACUAUGUAAAGAACAUUUUUAAAAUAAAU